AUGUCCUCCAUCAAUUUCUCUCCAGACACCGACAUCCCCAGUCUCAAUGGCAAGGUUAUCCUCAUCACUGGAGGAAACUCUGGCCUGGGUCUGGAAAGCACCCGACAACUCCUGAAACACGACCCUGCCAAGAUUUUCCUUGCAUGUCGCUCCAAAGCAAAAUUCGAUCAAGCCAUCGCCGAGCUGCAAGAGCAAGGCUCAAAUACAGAUGCUGUGUAUUUUCUUUCCCUGAAUCUUGCCUCACUUGAAAGCAUUAAAUCUGCUGUCAAAGAAUUCCAGCAACAGUCCACUCGCCUUGACAUUCUCCUCAACAAUGCCGGUAUUAUGAUGACACCCGAAGGCCUCACUGAGGAAGGAUAUGAGGUUCAAAUUGGUACAAACCAUAUGGGUCACGCUUUCCUCACUCAUCUUUUCCUUCCUCUGCUCGAGGAGACUACUAAGCUCAACCCUGAUGUGAGGGUUGUCUUCCUCGCCUCGAUGGGUGAAGCCAUGUCUCCUAAGAACCCUUACCAAUUCGAGCAGUUCAAGACUACCAUGCCCAACCUAUCAAGCUCAUCCCGCUACUCUAUCUCGAAGCUCGCCAACGUCCAUUACGCUGCGGCCCUUGCCGAACGACAUCCCAACUUGAAGAUUAUCAGCGUUCAUCCAGGAAUUGUACAGACAAACCUGACUGGUCCAGCCAUCAGUAACAGCCUCAUUGUGGGAACACUCACUCGCUUAUUCUUCAGCUUGGUUGGUGUCAACUCAAGCAAAGGCGCGUUGAAUCAGCUAUGGGCUCUCUCUGAUCCUAAAGCUGAGAGUGGCGUCUUCUAUCACCCUGUUGGCGUUACGGGUAAAGGAAGCAAGUUGAGCCAAGACAAGGACGCUCGAGAAAGCCUUUGGGAUUGGACACAGAAGGAAAUCAAACAACACCUCUCUUAA